AUGGCAAAUAUCUCCGAAAGGCUCAACAUUUCAGGGCCUAUCCCGACGGAGCCCAGCAGCCAGAACAACGCCAGAGAGAUCACUGAUGUCCAGUCUCUUCCCGCCCGCGAGUACGCCGUCGAGGAGUCUGUCGGCACUACCAUCCACUUCGACGACAACACCGCCGUUGAGAAGCGCGACUCCGAGCUUGAGACCCGCGGCCUCACCCCCAACGCGCGCUUCAGCGCCAACUUCUACCCCAAGUUCCACACCGCCGCGCGCCCCUUUGCCCAGGCCAUCACCAUCGCUGGGCACGCCUACAUCAUGCAGGCCUGGGUUGACCUCCAGAAUCGCAUCAACAUCAUGGUCGAUGCUGCUUUCCCAGGUGUUCCUGCGCCCACUGCUGGCGUUUCGAACAAGCACGCAGCCUUUGCGGUCCUCCCUCACUUGUGGACGCUUGGAACGACUUACUUCGCCCAGGACACCGGCGGCGAGUUUGAGCCCGGCGAUGCCUGGGCUUUCUUCUGGUACCCUUAA